CUUUUUGUUACAACAAAAUUAUUCAAAUUAUAAGGUAAAUUUAGUUGAAAAUAUAAAUCAAAUAAAAUUUAAAUUUAAGAUCUCCGAUACUAACUAUUAAGUAUUUUGUCACUUGCGCCGGUAACGACAAUCGGACAAGUGAGUAAAACUGAGGGUCACUGAUCCAAGAGGCUGUAGAGAUUGCAAUCCUGUUUUGUCAGUCUUAAGCAUUCUCUCGUCAAGAAUACGCAUCUGAACAUGACCACGUCCGCAACCAAAGACAUGGCUUCUAUCAUCCCUGAAACUCAAGCCUCUCAACUCUCAACUCACCAUACACACAAACACACUCUCUCUCUUUCACCGUAGCUGAGAAAUUAAGACCUUUGUAGCAUACUCCUCACUCCUCUCAACCUAAAUCUCUCCUUCUUUGUCCAUGGCCGCGGCCUCUCUCUCCCCCGCCGCCGCCGCGGGGUUCGGAUCCUCUUUCCUUGGCGGCGGAGACCGCGUGGCGACACCGCGGGUCCCCGCCGUGCGUCGUGUCGCCGCCGCACGGCCGACGCGGCCGCGGCCGCGGAUGGGCAACGUGAACGAGGGCAAGGGGCUCUUCGCGCCCAUAGUGGUUUUGGUGCGCAACGUUGUCGGGCGUAAGCGCUUCAACCAGCUGCGCGGGAAAGUCAUCGCGCUUCACUCCCAGGUGAUCACAGAGUUCUGCAAAACAAUAGGAGCUGAUUCAAAGCAGAGACAGGGAUUGAUCCGUUUGGCGAAGAAAAAUGGGGAGAAGUUAGGAUUCCUCGCAUGAAAACAUAGAAUGAAUGUUUU